AUGAGUUCAAACCAACAACUUCCAAAUAUUGUUAUCUGCGGCACACCAGGUGUUGGUAAAACUCGUCUGUGUCAAGAACUAUGUUCAGCAAAUAAAUCUUUAACUUAUCUCAGCAUCAACGAUUUGGCUAAACAACACAAAUUUCUUCUCGAAUACGAUGCCGAAAACGAGUGUCAAAUAUUAGAUGACGAUGCUGUUCAUGAUUAUCUCGAUGACGAAUAUUUCGCGAAAGAAACGCCACCAUCUGGUUUAGUUAUCGACUAUCACAGUGCAGGAAUCAUUCCUGAUAGUGACCACAUUCAUGGCGUAUUUGUUGUUCGUUGUAGUAAUGAUAAACUGUACGAUCGAUUGAAACAACGAGAUUAUUCCGAUAAGAAAAUCGAACAAAAUAUCCAAUCGGAAAUCUUUCAAGUUUGUCUUGACGAAGCGCAAGAAACAUUCGAUCAAGCUAUUGUUCAUGAAAUAACUAACGAAACCGAGGAAGAUUUCAAGAAGAAUGUGGAAAAUCUGACGAAUUGGAUUCAACAAUGGUCAGCGAAUAACAAUUCUGCCAAGAAGAAGAAAUAA